AUGAACAUCCUACAUUCCACCCUAUCCAACUGGCGGGACCGUCUCGCCCCAGUGUCUCGCACCUCAACAUUCCGCAACACCGGCCAAAUUACGCCGGAAGAGUUCGUACUGGCCGGUGAUUACCUGGUAUACAAGUUUCCGUCGUGGUCGUGGGCCGACGCAUCGUCGCCCUCCAAGCGGGCAUCGUAUCUCCCUGCUGGGAAGCAGUUCCUGGUGACACGUGGGGUACCCUGUCACCGACGACUGAAUGAUAACUUUGCCGGCGAUGCGGGACACGAGGACGAGAUCGUCAGGGACAUGUUAUCGGGGGCGGGAGCGGACGCAGAUGAUGAUGGAUGGUUGCGGACUGGUGGAGGGACCGAUGCGGUCGCUCGACAGGAGAAUCGGAUCGGGGAUGUGCGAACGGUCGAUGAGGCGGGGAAUAUGGGUGAACGGGAGGAGGAGGAAGAGGAUGAGAUACCUGAUAUGGAAGAUGAGGAUGAUGAUGAAGAGGCUAUUAUUCGAGAGCCGGCGGGGACGGAUACAACUCAACCCACUCGUACAUAUAAUCUCUACAUCACAUAUGCCAAUUUCUACCGCACGCCGCGUCUUUAUCUGUCUGGAUACCUCUCCCCAUCGGAGCCUCUUCCACCACCGCUGAUGAUGGAGGAUAUCGUGGGCGACUACAAGGAUAAGACCGUCACACUGGAGGAUUUCCCCUGGUUUGACGGAAGCAUGAAGAUGGCUACCGUGCAUCCAUGCCGUCAUGCAUCCGUCAUGAAAACUCUCCUGGACCGCGCCGACGCUGCGCUCAAGCUCCGCUGUGAAAGGCUCAAACAGGCUCAAACGAAUCCAGCAAAGGCACCACCCGCUGGUGACAGCGGGCUGGAAGGCCUAGUCGACGAUAUCAAAGGUCUUUCUCUGGCCGAUCAGCAGCAGCAGCAGCAGGGCGGGGACAAGAGCGGAGGCGAUGAAUGGGAAGUCCUGCAGCAUGAUCAGGAAGAUCAAGUUGCCAUCCGGGUGGAUCAAUAUCUGGUUGUUUUCCUGAAAUUCAUUGCCAGUGUGACGCCGGGUAUUGAACAUGAUUUCACCAUGGGCGUAUAA